UCGGCGGGAUAUUCAAACUUCGGGGAAAGUAAACAGCUUCACUCUGCAGCACGACUAGCUACGCGGCGGUUGGCAGUGCGGUUUGCGUGGGUUUGACUUUGGCAAACCGCUAUAGGAGAGUCCAGUCGUUCCUUUAUAUAUAAAAGGUUGUAUCUGUCACAAGACGGAACCAUUAACGUAAACAGGAGUCUGUCGUUUUUGAAAUUUUGAAAAACGGGAAGCACCAUUGCCAGGUUUGCUUGACGGUGAAGAUAAAAUGGGAGAUUCGGGAGGACAGACGCGUUCUGCCUACGAGCGCCUGACUGCGGAUGAGAUGGACGAGCAGCGGAUCCAGAACGUGGCCUAUCAGUACCUGUGCCGCCUAGAGGAAGCUAAGAGGUGGAUGGAGGCCUGCCUCCAUGAGGACCUGCCGGCCCCCACUGAGCUAGAAGAAGGCCUUAGGAAUGGUGUUUGGUUGGCCAAACUCGGCCAUUGUUUCGCCUCCAAUGUAGUUCCACUGAAGAAGAUCUAUGACCUGGAUCAGGAAAGAUACAAGGCAAACGGAUUGCAGUUCCGGCACACGGAUAAUAUCAACUACUGGCGUAGCGCCAUGGCGGAAGUCGGCUUGCCAACGAUCUUCCAGCCGGAGACCACAGACAUCUACGACAAAAAGAACAUGCCGAGGACCGUGUACUGCAUCCAUGCUCUCAGUCUUUACCUGUUCAGACUGGGUUUGGCUCCGCAGAUCCAUGACCUUUGUGGCAAGGUCAAGUUUACAGAGGAGGAGAUCAAUAAUAUGAAGCGGGAGCUGGAUAAGUAUGGCAUUCAGAUGCCAGCUUUCAGCAAGAUCGGGGGGAUCCUGGCCAAUGAGCUGUCGGUGGACGAAGCUGCAGUGCACGCAGCAGUGAUAGCCAUCAAUGAGGCCGUGGAGCACGGCUGCUUAGAGGGCACCGCUCAGGCCUUGCGGAACCCCAACGCCAUGCUGGCUGACCUGCAGGAGCACCUCAUGCCCGUGUACCAGGAGAUGCUGCGCCAGGCCAGGGCUCAGAAGGCCGCCCGCGCCUCAAACAAGGUGAAUGGCUCUGAGAAAGACAUCUAUGAGGAGUACCUCGCCCAGAAGGAGAUUCAGGAAAACAUCAACAAAGUCAACGUGCGCGCGGCACUGGAGUGCGUGGAUGAAGCACUGGACUGCAGUGAUGCUCUGGCCCUCCUCUCGGCCCUGCAGGCCCCCUGCCUGGCCUUGCGCGGCCUCCGCCGAGAGAACGCUGCCUGGUACCUAGAGCAGCUGGCCGCUGACCGGGAGCAGAAGGCCUUGGACCUGGGCUCUGUGGACCCUCUGGGCCAGGAGGAGCUGCAGGAGGGGGUGUCUAUGGCCAAUGAAGAAGCGCAGCGCUCCCACACGGUGGAGCGGGCAGUGAGUGCCAUUAACAAGGCCCUGCGGCAAGGUGACCCCCGACAGACCACCCGCGCCUUGAUGAACCCGGAUGCCCAGCUCCCGGAUGUGUUCCCCUUCGCUUCUGAGCUCUACCAGAGAGAGCUGGCGCCCUUGCAGGAACAGAGCCCUGAGGGGGGGCUGCAGCAGGAGGAGCUCUUCGUAGCUGUGGAGAUGCUGUCCGCGGUGGCUUUGAUAAACCAGGCCGUGGAGGUGCAGGAUUCUGGUGCUUUCUGUGUCAGACUCAUCAGCCCAGCAGCAGGACUGGCCGACAUCGAGGACGGGCUGAUCCAGAGAUACUUUGAGCAGCUGUGUGUGCUGAAGAAACGGGCCGGCAGGGCCUUGUUGACGUGGAACGAGCUGCAGGGGGGGCUGAACGCCGUCAACGCGGAUGCACAGGAGGAACACGACCAAAUACUGUCCAUCGGGCUGAUCAACAAGGCCCUUUGUCACAGCCGCCCCCAGGACACCCUGGCUGCGUUGCUGUUGCCCUCAAGUGGCCAGGAGGGGGUACAGCCACAGAAUGCCUGGCGGUACCAUGAGGUGCUGAGUCGUGCCAAGCGACGCAAAGCAGAGGAGAGCAGGGACCCCGGAGCAGAGCUGUGGUUGGCUGACAUCCAAGAGGGAGUGAGGCGAGCCAAUCAGGACACACAGACAGCGCUGAAGAUGUCGUUGGGUCUGGCGGCAGUCAACCAGGCAGUCAAAGAGGGCAAAGCGUCCCAAACGCUGCGAGUCGUUCGUCUACCAGAGGUGGCGCUGCGGAGUGUGGUCCCUGAAUGUGCCGCAGCAUAUCAGGAUGAACUGUCUGGCCUUUUGAGGGCCAAAGCAAUGGAGGGUGACAAUAGGAGCCCUUGGGUCAGACACAGCCUUCCGGAUGGCAGCUCGUACUACUUUCACCUACAGAAGCUGGAAGGCACAUGGGAAAGACCUCAGGGCUUUGUGCACAACAGCCUGUACCUGGUGCAUGCUGAGAUACAGGCAGUUCUGUCCAGUGUGACGCGGACCCACAGCCGCGAGCUGCAGUGGAAAGCCAGUGAGCCCCUGCUAGUGCAGCUGCAGGCCCGUAUGCGGGGCUUCCUGGUGCGGCAGACGCUGGGGGCCCGUCUGCAUUUCCUGCGCACCCAGCUGCCUGCCGUCAUCACCAUCCAGGCCCAUUGGAGGAGGUUCUGGCAGCAGCGCGCCUACAGGCAGAGGCUACAGUACCUGCGCAGGAACUGGAGGGCUGCCGUCAAGAUUCAGGCCUGGGUGAAAAUGUGGCUCGCCCGUAGGAGGUACAGAGCACGGCUGAGAUACUUCCGGAAGCAUGUGGAUGCCAUUGUGAAGAUUCAGGCAUUUUUCCGGGCAAAUAAGGCUCGUGAAGACUACAGGAUGCUGGUGCAUUCUGAAACCCCCACCCUCUCCGUGGUGAGGAAGUUUGCCCACCUGCUUGAGCUGGGCGACUCUGACAUCCGCCAGGAGGGGGAGCUGUUGCGGUUACGGGAGGAGGUGGUGCGCACCAUCCGUGCCAACCGGCAGCUGGAGGGCGACCUGGACCUGAUGGACCUGAAGAUCGGCUUGUUGGUCCGGAACCGGGUCACUUUGCAGGAAGUCGUUUCCCAUUGUAAGAAGCUGACGAAGAAGAACAAGGAGCAGCUGUCAGACAUGAUGGCUCUGGAUAAACAGAAGGGCCUGAAAUCGCUGAGCAAGGACAAGCGCGAGAAACUGGAGGCCUAUCAGCAUCUCCUCUACCUGCUGCAGACGCAGCCCCUGUACCUGGCCCAGCUGAUCUUCCUCAUGCCCCAGAACAAAUCAACCCGCUUCAUGGAGACAGUCAUCUUCACUCUCUUCAACUAUGGCUCCGACUGCAGAGAGGCCUACCUGCUUUUACAGCUCUUCACUGCCGCCCUACGCCACGAGAUCAAAAUGAAGGUGGAUCAGCCCCAGGAGCUUGUGAUGGGGAACCCCACAGUUAUCAAAAUGCUUGUGAGUUUUUAUCGCCAUGCCCGAGGCCAGAACGCCCUCAAGGAUAUCUUGGGGCCCGCAAUCCGAGAGGUGCUGCAGGAUCGGACCCUCAGCAUCCGCACUGACCCGGUGGAGAUCUACAAGACCUGGAUCAACCAGACAGAGUCCCAGACCGGCCACAAGAGCUCCCUGCCCUAUGAGGUGAGUGCUGAGCAGGCCCUCGGCCACCCCGAGGUGCAGCGACGUCUGGACAUCGCCAUCGGCAAUCUGAAGACCCUGACGGACCGUGUGCUCGGCGCCAUCACGUCCAACCUGCACAAGCUGCCAUAUGGAAUACGUUACACUGCCAAGGUCCUCAGGGAGGCUUUGCAGGAGAAGUUCCCUCGGGCUACUAAGGACGACCUGUACAAGAUUGUGGGAAACCUGCUGUACUAUCGCUACAUGAACCCGGCCGUGGUGGCCCCCGACGGCUUUGACGUGCUGGAGUUCUCCGCCGGCUCCUGCCUGCUGCCCGACCAGCGCCGCACCCUGGGCUCUAUUGCCCGCGUCCUGCAGCACGCCGCUGCCAACAAGCACUUCCAGGGCGACAGCGCUCAUCUGCGGGCCCUCAACGACUACAUCAGCGUCACGCACGCCAGGUUCAGCAAGUUCCUGCGUGCUGCUUGUGACGUCCCAGAGCCCGAGGAGCGGUUCAACAUGGACGAGUACUCUGAGAUGGUUAUCCUCAACAAGCCCCUCGUCUACAUCUCCAUCAGCGAGCUCAUAAACACCCACAAGCUGUUGCUGGAGCACCAGGAGUCCCUGUGUUCGGACCCCUCUGAUCCCCUCUUGGAGCUGCUGAAGGACCUUGGGACAGUACCUUCUGUCCAGGCUCUCGUGGGGGAGGGUGUGGUCAGCUCUGGGGAUCCAAACACAGAACAAAUCUUGGCUCAGUACAGCAAGAUGGAAGUUUCCCUCACCCUCACCAGCAAGUUCGACAUCUUCCGUAACUCUGACGAGCGACCUGAUGCAAGGGGAAUCCUGCUUAGCACCAAGCAGCUGAUCAUUGACGUGAUCCGCUCUCAGCCUGGAGAGACACUGAGCGACGUGCUCAGAGCCUCCAUAUCGGAGGACCAGGAGGCGCAGCAUUGCUGGAUGAUGCAGCGACGAGCGCAGCGCGAAGCCCACACCCCAGAGAAGAUGAAGAGGAACCAGUCCCUCAUCGCCGACGGCAACCUGUCCCUGGAGGAGAAAAAGAGGAAGAUCCUUCGCUGUCUCAGGAGACUCGAGGCGCUGGGUGUGCUGACCCCCCCAGAUGCAGAGGCCCAGAUCCUGCAGCUCAUCGCCAAGGACAUACGGCACCAGCGGCUGUAUCGCCAGCGGAGGCAGGCCGAGCUGGUGAAGCUGCGGCAGACGCUGCAUAGCCUGCACUGUAAGAGCUCCUUCCACAGCGAGCAGGUGGAUUACUACAGCCAGUACAUCGCCACCUGCCUGGACAACCUCACUUCCAAGAGCAGUAAGGCUGGCGGGAAAAAGAGCAAGCUCUCAGCCCUUACCUACACCGCCUCCAGACUCCACGAGAAGGGCGUGCUUCUGGAGAUCGAGGACCUGCCAGCCACACAAUUCAAGAACGUGAUCUUCGACAUCGUGCCCAGCGAAGAGGGCGGCACGUUCCUAGUGAAGGCCCGCUUCAUGGGAGUAGACAUGGAGAAAUUCCCCCUCAAGUACCAGGACCUGCUGCAGCUGCAGUACGAGGGGGUUGCCGUGAUGAAGAUGUUUGACAAGGCCAAAGUCAACGUGAAUCUGCUCAUCUUCCUCCUCAACAAGAAGUUCUUCAAGAAAUGAGCAGCGUAUAUCCACAGAGACACACUGCCGAUAUCUGUGAGCACAGAACGGUUAUUGGUGUUGACAGGAUUUACUUGGGGAAUUCAUUAUCUUUCAUAUUUAAUUUACAAAUAUAUAAAUGCGUACUCCUAAAUGUAUGUAUAAGCACAACACUAUAAUCUAAUGCAAUAAUCAGCCACUUAUUGCAGCUGAUAUUUGAAACUGAAAGUUGAGAAACAUGGACUUUAUGCGGAGAUUUACAGUACAUUUACCGUGGGGUGGGGCUACCAGGCUUAUAAUACUCUGGUGUAUGGCACACCUUCAUGUGCCAAGUGCCCCAUAGUUAAUCCCUCCCCAUUGCUAUUUUUUGGGGAGGGGGGUGUAAAUAAAGGUCAUUCAUUGUUGUAUGGGGCAGAGAAAUGAAAAUGGCCGGAAACAGUAUACAAACAAUCCCUAGGCAGAACAAGCCUGGUCUGCUGAAAAGUGCACUUAGAUGAACAAUUCUGGGGAAGGGAAGUACUAACCAGUAAGGCAAGGCCAUCGCACGAGAGGGAUGGUGAUGCCAAGUCAUUUAAAAAAAAAAAAAAGCAAUAUAAAACUGUAACACUGAUUACUGCACCACACCCUGUUUGAAAUGAGGUGUCUAAUUUUUUCCGAUCAUGUUUCACUGUCAUUUAACAGGAAUGCAAGCCAUAUUUAGGGGUGAGGUCUGGUUUUUUAAGGUAUUUAAAAUAUUAAAUAUUUUAAGUAGUAGAAAAUUCAAUAUUUUGGGCAAAAAAAUAAUUUUUCUCUAAGGAGCUAUAUAAAUACGAUUUCACCGUCCCAUAAUUCAAAUUUUUUUGAUACAUUAAAUCGUUACUGUUUGCCUUACUAAGUGAUGUUUGUGUUUUAUAGUACUUAAUACUCAGGCUUUGCUGAAUAGUGAAUUUUCAGUUUUCAUUUUAAUUUGGCAGUGCAUUUUAAUCCCCAGACUUCGCAUGCGUUAUGUUACGAUAUGGCUUGAAUUGAAGCACUCCAAAUGGCAUGUAUUAUGUACAAUCCAGUAAGAUUCGUUUGUCCGUGGCUUCAGUGGGCAAACCUAUUUGCUGUUUUAAUCUUGGUCCCUAUACUCCUGAUUUAUUUUUGACAUGUUCAGUUGGUCAUCAGAUUUUUCUGUUUCGCUGUGUUAAAGGAAAUGAUAGCUGUGAAUGGCGACUUCCUUCGAUUGUGGCUUCUGUUGGAUCUAAAACUGUUGGGCAGAAAUCAGCACAAAUGGGAAACCUUUGGCUUGGACCAUGAGGGGAGCUGAUGGGGGGGGGGAACUAUAUACAUGGACCUAUUUAACCUGAGUUUGUUUGGCCAUAAAAUCUUAAGAUGGCAUAAUGUAAAUAUUUUCUGUCUUGCUAUUUUAAUCUAACUCUUGCAUAAGAUUAUCGCUGUAACUUAAAUAAACUUCUGAAAACAGUGUA